AUGCUGUUCCGUAUCAGGCGUCCGCCCGCGCGCAUCGACUUCUCCAACGCAUUCAACCCCGAGCUCGAUGACGCGACGGCAAUCGAGCGCUUCCGUUUUACCAUUCAUCAGCUCCAGUACUUGGCCGAUCGCAUCGUGCCCGAGCCCAGAGUCGUCACCAAGGCGGGCGAUAGUGUUUUGGCCCUCGAAGCACUGGCCAUCGUGUGUCGCCGGCUCUCGGAGUCCAGCAUACUCUUUACGGCUGCCAACGAGUUCGGCCGCUCUACGUCAGCAAUGAGCCGCCUCUUUCUUCACUCGAUACGCCUCAUGUACCGCCA